CAUGACAGUCAUGUAGUCGCGUGGUGCUGAUGUGAGGAACUCUGCCGAUUUUACACUGUUUGCGCGAGCUUUCCCGUUACACGCCGGGUGGGUAUGAUCUUCGCGGAGGACGUGGGAGACUUUUAAUCAUUAAGUCUACCGAAACGCUUGUGCAUUCGCGUCAUAAAAUAUGCGCGAGUGUUUGUGGAGAUAGCAGAAUCGCUGUUUUGUACGCGGCGGCUGGCAUGAGCUCGUAGAGGGAGGAGCGCUUCACUCGGCUCGCCGUGUAGAGAGACGAUGAUGAUGGCAGAGGGAUCUGGAGGAUGCGGCAGACGCGCUUCACAGUUUUCUGAAAGGUUAAUGGCAACUGGUGGAUGUUAAAGCGAGGUAACCGCGGAGGUUCAAUAAGCUGAGAUCGACCCUACUGGAAUAUGAAUGUGGCCAGCACUGUAAUGGAUUUGCAGUUUCAAGUGAAACUAGGUGGAUAGAUAAUGUCAGAGCGGGGAAGGCCGACAGCCCUGGUCCAGAGAGGUCAAGGUGUGUGAAGAAUCUAGAAGAUGGCUACAAUUAGUGAAAUUAGGGGAUGCAUAUGAAUUUAAAAUAUGGACAUGUCAAGCCGGUUUAAUAUGCAUUUUAAAUGCCACUAAAUAUUCAUAUUGAACUUAAAACCUAAAUCAAAAAUUUGGAAUUUUUUUCUAGUUUAUCGAUUUUUAAAUUUCACUUCGACUUAUAAUAUAGCACCGAGCAAUAUGAUGUGUGAAGUGAUGCCAACCAUAAAUGAGGGGGACUCAGUGAGUUCCCAGCGAGGCUCUCAGAAUGGCACGGAUGGCGAAUCUAAUUUUGAACAGCUGAUGGUGAACAUGUUGGAUGAGAGAGAUAAGCUGCUGGAGUCCUUACGGGAGACACAGGAGACCCUCAUCCAAUCGCAGACCAAACUCCAGGAUGUGCUCCACGAGAGGGAUGUGCUACAGAGACAGCUCAACUCCGCCCUGCCGCAGGAGUUUGCUACCCUGACUAAGGAGCUAAAUUUGUGUCGAGAGCAGCUUCUAGAAAAGGAGGAGGAGAUUUCUGAGCUUAAAGCAGAGAGGAACAAUACCAGGCUUCUUUUGGAGCACUUGGAGUGUCUGGUGUCACGUCACGAGCGUUCGCUGAGAAUGACUGUGGUGAAAAGGCAGGCUCCUCCACCCUCCGGGGUGUCCAGUGAGGUGGAGGUGCUUAAGGCUCUGAAAUCCCUCUUUGAGCAUCACAAGGCCCUGGAUGAGAAAGUGCGUGAAAGGUUACGGGUGGCUCUUGAAAGAGUGACUACAUUAGAAGGACAGCUGGCAGCCGCCACUCAGGAGGUGGUCAUGUUGAGACAGAGAAAGGAUGGACGAACAGAUGGGGAUGCUGUGGACAGGAUGGACAGCUCGAAAUCUACAUGGAAGAGGCUUCCCAAUGGCUCCAUUGAUGCCCACGACGAUAACAGCAGAUGUCUGGAGCUGCAAGAACUGCUGGAUAAGGCCAAUAAGGAGCUGGCCCAAAACAGAGACCGGAUCAGCGGCCUGACCAGCCGGAUGGGUGAGCUCGAGACAGAACUGGCCACUGCUCGCAAAGACCUGCUGAAGAGCGAGGAGCUGAGCACUAAACACCAGAGGGACAUCCGCGAGGCGAUGGCACAGAAGGAAGACAUGGAAGAGCGAAUCACAACGUUAGAAAAACGUUAUCUGGCUGCCCAGAGGGAAACCACCUCAAUCCACGACCUGAACGACAAGCUGGAGAGUGAGCUGGCCACCAAGGAAUCACUUUACCGACAGAGCGAGGAGAAGGUACGACACCUCCAGGAACUGCUGGAGUUGGCGGAGCAGCGGCUACAACAGACCAUGAGAAAGGCAGAGACUCUGCCCGAGGUGGAGGCUGAACUGGCCCAGAGAGUGGCCGCUCUCACCAAGGCAGAAGAGCGUCAUGGCAACAUUGAGGAGCGUUUGCGCCAACUGGAAGCCCAGCUGGAGGAGAAAAACCAAGAGCUGGGCAGGGCUCGUCAGAGGGAGAAGAUGAAUGAGGAGCAUAACAAACGUUUGUCUGACACUGUGGACCGUCUCCUCACUGAAUCUAAUGAACGACUUCAACUGCACCUGAAGGAGCGCAUGGCUGCGCUGGAGGAUAAGAAUGCACUCAUCCAUGACCUGGAGAACUCUCAGAAACAACUCGAGGAGUUCCAUCACACAAAGGAGAGGCUGAUCAGUGAGAUUGAGAAACUACGAGCAGAACUGGAUCAUUUGAAGCGCAGGAGUGGGGUGUUUGGAGAUGGAACACACCCUAGGUCUCAUGUUGGCAGUGCCACAGACCUGCGGUUCUCAGUGGUGGAAGGUCAGGGUGAUCAUUAUUCCUCCACAGGGGUCGUACGAAGGGCUCAGAAAGGUCGACUGUUGGCACUCAGGGAUGAACCCACAAAGACUCUGCCGAUGGUGGAGCAGGACUGGGAUCGCUCUCAACCUUCCAGCUUACGGGCGAGCCGUACUCACCUGAUGGGCAGCGACACUGAGCUGUCAGACCUGGAUGAUGAAGACCGUGAGACCAUCUUCAGUUCAGCCGAUAUGCUGUCUCCCAGUGGGCACUCAGAUGCACAGACACUCGCUCUCAUGCUGCAGGAACAGCUCGAUGCCAUUAAUGAGGAGAUAAGAAUGAUCCAGGUGGAGAGGGAAUCAGCAGAACUGCGGGCGGAUGAGAUCGAGAGUCGGGUGAACAGCGGCAGUAUGGACGGGCUCAAUGUGACCCUGCGGCCACGAUCCUCCAUCCCCACCUCCGUCACCGCCCUCUCCCUGGCCAGCUCCUCGCCUCCCGUCAGCGGCCGAUCCACACCCAAGAUGACGUCUGGUUCAACCGCCCAUGAGUUAGGCAUCAUGACCCUGCCUAGUGAUUUAAGGAAACACCGCCGGAGAGUGGCUUCCCCCGUGGAGGCUCGAGAGGACAAGGCCACCAUAAAGUGUGAGACAUCGCCCCCCUCCUCCCCUCGCAGCCUCAGACUAGACCAAAUGAACUUCGCUCAGCUAACAGGAAGCCUAGAGGAUGGCCGAGGGGGCAACAAAAAGAAGGGCAUAAAGUCCUCCAUCGGCCGUCUCUUUGGCAAGAAGGAGAAAGCGCGUUUAGACCAGCCAAUGAUCAAGGACGGCCAGAUGACACCACCUGUUAUUCCAGAUUUCGAGAUGGGUAUUGGAGAUACCAUGACCUUGAGCAAACUGGGCACCCAGGCAGAGAGAGACCGCAGGAUGAAGAAAAAACAUGAGUUGCUGGAGGGUGCCAGGAGGAAAGGACUUCCUUUCGCUCAGUGGGACGGCCCCACUGUGGUCUCCUGGCUCGAGCUGUGGGUGGGCAUGCCAGCUUGGUACGUGGCAGCGUGUCGUGCCAACGUGAAGAGUGGCGCCAUCAUGUCGGCGCUGUCGGAUACAGAAAUUCAGAGAGAGAUCGGUAUCAGUAACCCACUUCAUCGGUUGAAGCUGAGGCUGGCCAUUCAAGAGAUGGUGUCGCUGACUAGUCCGUCAGCUCCUCUCACCUCCCGCACAUCUUCCGGAAAUGUGUGGGUGACUCACGAGGAGAUGGAAAACAUGGCAACAUCCACCAAAAUGGAGAAAGAGGAAGGAAGCUGGGCUCAGACUCUAGCAUAUGGUGACAUGAACCAUGAGUGGAUUGGGAAUGAGUGGCUUCCCAGUCUGGGCCUACCUCAGUACCGCAGCUACUUCAUGGAGUGCCUGGUGGAUGCUCGUAUGCUGGACCACCUGACUAAAAAAGACCUGCGAACACACCUAAAAAUGGUGGACAGCUUCCAUCGGGCUAGUUUGCACUAUGGCAUAAUGUGCUUGAAGAGGCUGAACUACGAUAGGAAAGAGUUAGAACGAAGAAGAGAAAAUUUCCAACAUGACAUCAAAGAUACCCUGGUGUGGACCAAUGAUCAUGUAAUGCAGUGGAUACAGAACAUCGGUUUGAAGGAGUACAGUAAUAACCUGCUGGAGAGUGGGGUGCAUGGAGCUCUAAUCGCCCUAGAUGAGACUUUCGACUUCAGCAGCUUGGCCCUCAUUCUACAGAUCCCUAUGCAGAACACCCAGGCCAGGCAGAUUAUGGAGAGGGAGUUCAAUAAUCUCUUGGCAUUGGGAACGGACCGGCGCCAGGAAGAGUGUGAUGACAAGUCAUUCCGAAGGUCUCCAUCGUGGCGUAAGCGCUUCAGGCAAAGAGACGGCCAGUGCUUGGGUAUGAUGCCAGGGUCCAUAGAGACUCUUCCUGCUGGCUUCCGCCUCAACACCAUGUCCAUUCCCUCCUCCAUGGUUGCUGUGCCCAAAAAACAGCUGCAGCCAGAAGCAGCCGGUGCUCCGGCCCAGCAGAGACUAGACCCCUCAGCUUGCAUUCCCACUACCUGUACGGACACAUGCUUGCGGCCUUUCGUGAAUGAUAUGCCAAAUUCUGGGGACACCUUGAAAGGACGAGGGAGGGGUCAUCUCCACCCCUCCCCUUUCCUAAAAGACACUAGAGCUUUCUUGGACACCGUGCAAUAGAGGGGGACAGAAAGAUGAAUUAUGAACUGAUUUUGAGUGCACUGAAUGCAUAGAAGCUGUAAAGGAGAUAUCUUGUCAUAUCAGUUGUUUCCCAGUAAUCCCAGUUAUAUAAUCUUUGUGGUGGUCGUACUUAACUGGUGUUCUUGGCCCUGUAGUCUGUCAGUGCUAGUCUGUUCCUUUGGGUGUGUCGUUGGCAUUAUACUGUAUAAGGCUUUCCCCCUUUGGUUAUGCAAAAUAUUAAUCAACAGCAUCUUUAUCUGUAUAUAUUAAAAAGAGAAAAUGACUCCAAUAUGUUUUUUAUGGAAAUAUAUAUCAGACUUGUAUAUGGAGAUGAAUAUAUCAUUAUUAUAUGAAUUUUGAAAUCUCAAUUGUGACUGUUUUCUGUCGGUUAGACAGCUCUGUCUGCUAGAACAGUGUUACACUUGUAGUCGGUGUCUUUAACACCAGUAGUGACUGGAGAAUGGUGUGGAUGUGUUCACGUCAGCAUUGCUUAUCCAC